CAAACUUUAUUAAAGAUUUAUCCCAAGCGAGCAAAACAACUCGAACAGAUAAAUAUCGCCAAAACUGCAGUCUAAUUGCGUUUGCAAAAUAGCAUUACCGUUCAGAAGCAUUAGCUAGGAACUGGCCGCCGAGCAAGAACAUUCCUUGAAGCAGAGGAGCAGAAGCACAAGUCACAGCAACGAAGACGGCAAAUUGUAAACAUGUCGGAAUCUUACGAUUAUCUGUUCAAGUUUCUCAUCAUUGGCCGUGCUGAUUGUGGGAAAUCCUGCUUGCUGCAUCAGUUUAUCGACAACAAAUUUAAGGAGGACAGAUCGCACACGAUCGGUGUGGAGUUCGGUUCGCGAAUCGUCACCGUCGGUGGAAAAUCGAUCAAACUGCAGAUCUGGGAUACAGCAGGGCAGGAGCGUUUCCGGUCUGUGACGCGCUCGUACUAUCGCGGCGCAGCCGGAGCGCUACUCGUGUACGACACCACGUCCCGAGACAGCUUCAAUGUCCUCUGUAACUGGUUGAACGAUGCCCGAACGCUGGCUAGUCAGAAUAUUUGCAUUCUGCUCGUGGGCAACAAGAAGGAUCUGGAGGAAGAACGUGAGGUAACGUUCUUGGAAGGGAGCAACUUUGCGCAAGAGAACGAGCUUAUCUUCCUAGAAACCAGCGCCAAGACGGGUGAAAAUGUAGAAGAAGCAUUUCUAAAGUGCUCUAAGACGAUUCUCGCGAAGAUCGAAACAGGUGAGCUUGACCCGGAGCGGAUUGGCAGCGGCAUUCAGUAUGGGGAUGCAUCAGCCCGAAAUGGGGCCGGAACGUUGGCCAGCGGUCAGCAGUCAAGAAGCCGAUUUCGGCCAGACUGCUCCGGCGGUUGCCGAUCUUAAACGUCCUGUCCUGCAGGACAAGAGGAAUGUAAGUUUGUACCAUGAUCAACUAUGUUCUUAUAUCCAUCUUGCCUUUUUUGAUGCAUAGUAUUGGAAUGAGUGUUUGUAAGGGGCAAUAGUUGCACACUAUCCAUUCGAGGAUAGGCAUCUGUGCAAACUGUGCAAACAAAUCAGCAUACAAGCUCUGAGCAGGAGGAUGACUGUCCUUUAAGUAAGAUUGAAUCUCGAAAUUGUGCUAAACCAAAAGAAGAAUCGGAGAUAAAAUGAGGGUAGCACAGACGAUCUAUGAUCGUUCACAUGGGACAGGGUUCAGUAUUGGAAUAUAAAUGUACUAAAAUUGCAGGAUUCUUUCGGAUAUAGCUCGUCCGAAAUCAAAUUCAUUCUGCACUUUUCGAUCGCAUUUGAGUCAAUCUGUGUUACAUUUGAUCUUAUCGUUGAUUUUUCCAGUCUCACAUGACAUUGAUAAACAAUUAUAGAUGGGUUCCAUUGGAUUACGCGCUGCCUUGUUUUUGUUAAUCAUAAAAAGUACUAUUGUUUGAUGUGUUAAGCUUGUUUCCAUCUUGUAUCAUUUUUGUUUUAAAUAUUAGUUUCAUUUCUCAAAGGUUCUUUACAACAAAAUGAUUUAAAGUAUUUGAUGUAGAUCUGAAAAAAAAGAUAUUGGAAUGAAGAGUAGGAGUUCGUUGAAAGAGUUUUUUCUAUCUUUGGUUUCUUGCAUUAUACGUUCAUCAUUCUUAAUAUGACCUGCAGAUGAUAAUGAUCGGUUUAUAUUAGACUUAGAAUUUACUGACGGAGCCUUCGGUUGAGCACCGGUUGAAAUAUUUAGGGAAUGUGAUGGUAGAUCGCCGAGGAAUGUAAAAUUGGGAGGGGCAAAAUGCAGAGACAACUAAACAACUUAAACUACUUAGAUGUAAUUGUAAAAAAAAAUAUAAAAUCGAAUUACAAAUUGAUACUUUAUUGUGCAUUAGACAUCUUUAUACCUGAAUAGGCUGCAGAAAAGAAUUCAAAUA